GGCCUCGUCCGCCGGAGCCCGCGUCCUGCCGCAGUCCAUCCGCCGCUAGUCGGAGAGAGUGGUUGCGGGGAGACCCGGGCCACUCCGCCAGCUAUUACUGCUACUGCCGCUGCCCCCCGCAGUCGCAGCCCAGCAGCUGGGAAACGCCACGCACAGAUUGGGCCGCGCAGCGUGGGAGGGGUAGCGGUCCCGGGGGACUGAUUCUGAACUUGCAGGGGGACCGCGGCUCUCCGGGCCUGGAGAGUGUGAACAGAACUGCAGGUUUACAAUGCUAUGGUGACUCCAAAGGCCGGAACCAAAGAGAUCUUCUCAGCUCUUUAGUUUGAACUACAGUGAAUUGUCUACCAACACCCGGCAUGGCGAAAAGUGCAGAGGUCAAACUGGCAGUAUUUGGGAGAGCAGGUGUGGGCAAGUCAGCUCUUGUAGUGCGAUUUUUGACCAAACGGUUCAUCUGGGAGUAUGAUCCCACCCUCGAAUCAACCUAUCGACACCAAGCAACCAUUGAUGAUGAAGUUGUCACCAUGGAGAUACUAGAUACUGCUGGUCAGGAAGACACCAUUCAGAGGGAAGGACACAUGCGAUGGGGGGAAGGCUUUGUGCUGGUCUAUGACAUUACUGACCGAGGAAGUUUUGAAGAAGUGCUGCCACUUAAGAACAUCCUAGAUGAGAUCAAAAAGCCCAAGAAUGUGACUCUCAUCUUGGUUGGAAACAAGGCUGACUUGGACCACUCCAGACAGGUUAGUACAGAAGAAGGGGAGAAGCUGGCCACAGAAUUGGCAUGUGCUUUUUAUGAAUGUUCUGCCUGCACCGGAGAAGGGAACAUCACGGAGAUAUUCUACGAGCUGUGUCGAGAGGUACGACGCCGGAAGAUGGUCCAGGGCAAGACAAGGCGACGCAGCUCCACCACACAUGUCAAGCAAGCCAUUAACAAGAUGCUCACUAAAAUCAGCAGUUAGGCAGCUCUGUCCUUGUGAAGGUCCUGUUCAGGUGGGUCUGGUAAUUGGAAACACUUUCUUGCCCUUUUGCCCUUUUUCACCCCCCAAAUAAGAAAAUAUUCCAUUCCUUGUUGCGACUCUCAGAAAUGUCUGGCCCCAGCCUCCCGUAUGUUGGGAAGUUAGAGAGCGUUUCAAUGCAGUUUCAGUGCUGACAAUCUUUCUUAUGCCUGCUUGAAUAAAAUAUGCUCUACUGUAGUUUGAACAUGUAAUCAGAUUCUGAAAUGGCUGGGUUCAUAUUAAGCUCUUCGUAGCCAUCUCCACUUUGCUUCAAUAGGUUGAAGUCUUUUCAGAGGCAUUUUUAAAUUCCCUUCUUUGUCAUAGUCUACAAAUGAUCAUUGCAAAAGUCCAAAAUAAUAGAGGAUGCAGUAAAAACACAGGAAGAGUAGCUGAGAUGUUGGACUGGGGAAUGGAGCCUUAGUUCCUAUUUGAAGUGAGGAUUUCCUAACUAUCUUAAAUCAUCUAGUUUUUCUUUAACCCUUGUUUUGCUCUUAAAUUCAAACACAUCCUCAAAGUUUUCCAUUGUCCUAGAGAGUUUCAUUUCAAUUUGGGGUGGUUCUUUCUAUGGUCUAUUGAUCAUUGCACCCUCAUUCUCUAUGGCUCCAGAAAGAUUUAUAUAUAGCAAAGGCAGCAGGACCCUUCAAUUCAAACCUUGCUGGGCCGUUUCUCACCAAGCCCAGGCUGAUGUAAAGACAAGAGGAAUCUUUGCACCAAAUGCUGAUUUUAUUGAAUGCUAAUAGAGGAUUUAGAAUCAGAAGUGUCUAGUUCAUUUCUUUCUCUGAUUAUCAUCUUAGCAGAAAGACAACAUUCCAAAGAACAGGUAAGUUAAGAGUAAAACUUAACUACCCUUCUGUUGGGGAGUCCAGGCUCUGUGCCAGGCACAGUAAGAAGAAUUAGCCACUGAUUUGUUAAGUUGGCAACUUGACUUCUAAUAUUUUGGAUAAAUUAAUUCAUUAGGAGGAUUCAGAAAAGAAGGAAUGAUUAAAGUUCACUAUACCUGGAUAAAUGUGUAUAAAACAGAUUGCUAUAUUGUGAAAGUACAGUCUAUAACUAAUAAAGCUUUAUGAUUCUUUUUUCCCUACUAUGGCCCCUUAUAUCAAAAUUUGGGCACUUUAUUUUAGAAAAAAAUAUAUCUUUUACAUAUAUGUGUAUUUAUAAAUGCAUAGAUAUAUGUAUAAAAAUUUGUAAGAGUUGGAGGCUUUAAUUCACCAAUGCAUUUGGACGACUCAGUGUAACUAUUUUAUGUGAAUACAAUAAAAAGCAUAAUUUUCACA